GCCGCAGUGCUUCCCCAAAUACGCAUUAUCUGUGAGGAACGAAAGCCGGAAGAUGUGUUCAAAUAAAUGGAAAGCAUUUCAAACAUCUUAACUCGGCUCAUGUUAUCAGUGAUUCAGAAUCUUGAGCAUGGCUGAGAGUAUCGAUACAAGGCGCGAUAACUGGCUUAGAGUGGUCUGGGGACUCCUUUACGUGAGAGAGGGACUUCAGCCUUACGUAGACGCAAAAGGAAAACAGCAAUAUCAAACGUACAUGAACAAUGUCAAUGCAAAGUGUAAUAAUGAAAAAUGUGGUGAGUGUCAGGUGAACAGUAAAUGCUUCAAUGGCAAGAAUAAAGUAAGAGGAAAAUCGCGGUUCAGACCGGGCCAUUUCUGUGCUGAAAUGAACAAGCAGAUAGAAAACUAUCAUUUUAAACACGAGCCAUCCUGGAUUAAUACAGAUUCCACGAAAUGGCAGGAUCCAUGCUUCGGUUACUGGGAAGUGGCGAAGUGUUUUAUCAGUACAGCUGGCUACUUGGACAAAACACGAUCAAAUGAUGUGGACGCUUCAGGGCUUCUAAGCAUCUGUAUGAACAAUUCGUUUAUCAGGCAACAAAUAACAAAUAUUCAGCAUUUUGAAGAGAUUCAGGACAUAAGGAACACAACCCUUCAUAAUGCCCGCUAUGAGCUUGACGGACAGGUAACAGAUGACUGCCUGGACAUGAUGAUAAGCGUACUGGAGGACCCUCAGGAGCUCAUACAUGACUCAUCUUCUAUGCAGGCCGCUAACCACUUAAGAAAGAUCAAAGACAGAACUGAAAAGACGCCGGUUAUAAUGAAUGAAGCUUUACACAAAUGGCUGCAGACAAACUUUGACGUUAAACAAUCACUCAAAGAGAUCGAGGGUUCGAUGUAUGAGAGGUUAUGCAAGGAACUGAAAGUAUAUGUAGAUGAAGCGGUCGAACGAAAACUCGAGCUCAAACGGGAGGUAAGACAAAAGAAGCGAAACUAUUCAGAUGAUGACGAAAGGGAACAGCAAGUUGAAGAUCUACGACAAAGGCUGGCCAAAUGCUACCUGAAGCGAAUUAACAGUGUGUCCAUAUCGCCCCUGCUCUCUGACAAGGACGAGAGAUUGGAAACGUUUUACGUCCCUCCGAAGAUAGUCGAGAAAGGCACAAGAAAACUCGGCGCAGAUGACAAAGAUAAGGGACCUUUAACAUCUUACAGACAAUUGUUCUGUAAAGAAGGUGAAUUUUUGAAAAACUUGUUCAUGGUCGGCGAAGCCGGGAUGGGGAAGUCAUCCUGCGCCGCAAUGUGUGCAUUGAAAUGGGCCAAUCAGUUCUCAUCAAGGAACACUAUUAACAAAACUGACAAAAAUGUUACACCUCAAACGUCAUUUGAGUCCCUUGAGAAGGAAUUGCAGUUUAAGAGCGAUGACAUUAAACAUAUCUUUGUUCCUGAAACAAAACUGGAAGAUCAUUUUCAAGAUGAUACUUUCUAUAAGGAAAUUGAUUUUUUAUUUCACCUCACUUUGAGAGAUAGCUGCGACGUCUGCGACCUGACAUAUAUGAUACGAGAUCAGCUUAUCAACAGAAUUUAUCAACAAGAUGAGAGGGACGUUGCACUCCCCACUUUGCAACGUGUCCUGUCCAAAAACAAGUGCGUGAUCAUUGAAGACGGGCUGGAUGAAUGGACUCAUCCCAACGGAACAAAAUGCAGCUGUUCAGAAGAAGACAAAGUUAUCCCUUAUUUGUCGCCAACCAUAGAUGCCACUGUGUUGAUUACAUCACGACCCUGGAGAAUGUCACAACAACGCAUUAAAGACACGAAAAUAGACAUGCUCCUGGAGAUACAGGGAACUGCAGAUACGGGGUUACUGCUUCAGAAAACAUUGAACAGUCUGAAUGAAAAAGAAGCGAAAAACAAGAUAUUGCUAAGUUUCGUGAACUUUGUUGAAAAAAAGAAACUUGUACGUCCUUUAUCGAUACCAAUAAUAGCAAUGCUGCUUGUCUGUUUGUGGUUUGAGGAUAUGGAUGAGACCUUUUCUCUUUGCGACAUAUAUGCAUAUGCCAUUGAAAUGAUGCUUGGGCGAAAACCUCUUCCUGGGCCAAUGGUUUCACAGAAUAUUUUCUUUUUCCCACGAUGUUUCCAGCACACAGAAAAUGUAUUAAAGUACUAUAGCAUCGUUAUGGAGAUGGCACAACUUGCUUUUACCAAAUUGUUUUCGAAUGACCGAACAUCGGCCCUGGUGUUUCAAAAAGUUGAUUUUUUGUCUCAAAGAAAUCUUCUGUUUGUUCUGAGGUCAGGAAUCUUGCAAGAAACAAAAACAGCGUCUUUGAUACGAAAACAAUCGUAUUUCUCAUUCAUCCAUAAAACUGUUCAGGAAUUCCUGGCUGCAAUAUACAUGUCCUACCAUCUCGAAGAAUGUCUUGAAGUAUUUAAUACUCUUAAAACAGACGAUUUUUCACAGGUUUUUAUUUUCAUGUGCGGUCUGAAUAUUAAGUUUGCAAAUGCGAUAUCCUGCGUAGUAUCGGAUACAUUCCCUCAACCCGACAUAUGCGAAGCAACAUUUACGAUAUGUAUAGAGAACCAAAUCUUUACUGAUAUGAUUGUUAUGGGAUAUAAGGAGGCCAAAGCAAGUCAAGAAUCAAAUAUUCAGCUAACAUUGUACAACUUUGCUUAUACAAAAGAUACCAAUGAAAACGAUAUCAAUUAUGAAGUAUUUAAUGACUUAUUAGCUAUGAACAAGUCCAAUGUACGCAGUAUCAGAACCGUGUCAGGAACAAGGCAGGCGACACUCCAGGAAGUGUUCAGCAGCUCCAGGGACUGUCUUACCAAAGUUCACAUACAUAAAGUUUCUGGGCAGUAUGACCUUACUAUGUGCAACUGUCUCCAAGACUUAUCAAUAUCUGGAACUGGAAUAACAAAUAUCAUGGUAAAUACGAAGAAUCUUCUUGUUUUAGAGUUAGAAGAUGUUUUGGAAAAAAUCGAAAGCAUAAUUUGGGAGUUACUUCAGCGUGAAUCGAUACAAUUGAAACGCUUGAGGAUAACCUGCAUUAAAAACAUUCCGUCAUUCCGCUCAUUCUGUCAGGCUUUACAACUGCCCCAUUUUGGCCAAUUGCUUGUUUGGGAUACUGACCUCGGUGACCAAACAUUGCUCUUUCUAGUAUCUUUCACUGAGGUGAACCUUUGCAGGGUGACAAUGACCGCGCGGUCGUUAAUGAUGUUGGUGUUUCAGCUGAAAGUCAGUGCGCAUAGUGCAAAAUUUACACUAGCUGAGUGUACUGUGAAUUCAAACACAGAGUAUGAUAUUAUUAAGCGUUUUAUACAGACAAGUAAAGAGUUUAAAAUCAAGAACACAUGGUAUAAUAGCAAUUUCUCUUUUAAAACACAAGUGAAAUGCAAUUGUCCGUCGAAUUCGAUGCCAAAUUGGUUGUAUCAAACAUAUAAAUGAUCAUAAAUAAUAAAGUGUCCUGAAGCGUA